CGGGACUCCGGGCGCACAGGCGGCGAGCCCGGGGCCAACUCGGGGGGCCGGAGAAGGAGGCGGCGGUGCGCGCGCCGCUGGACGGUCUUGCCUGGGCGCGGGGGGGCCGCGUGGCUACUCGCCGUCUCUCGCUCCCUUUGCUUUUUCUCUUUGUUUCUGACUCCAGCGCGGGCGAGUGUGCAACUUUUGUAACCCUCGGCAAGUUAUUAAUUUUUUGUGUCCCCCCCCUGCUUUGGAUUCCUCAGCUUUUCAUAUUUUUAAAUACACUUAAAGAGAACCCCCCUUUUUGCUUUUUUCGAUGUGCGGCUUUGGACAUGCGGAGGCUACUGCAACCGUGUUGCUGGAUCUUUUUCUUGAAAAUCGCCAUCUCCGUGCUCCACUACGUGGUGUGUUUCCCCGCUUUGACUGAAGGUUACGAUGGCUCUCUUCACGAAAGCAGACAUGGCAGUUCAGUGCAAAUACGGCGGAGGAAGGCAUCUGGGGAUCUUUACUGGGCAUACUCAGGUGCAUAUGGUCCGGAGCACUGGGUUACUUCAAAUGUGGACUGCGGGAGAACUCACCAGUCUCCAAUAGAUAUCACAGAUCACCAAGCACGUGUUGGAGAAGAAUAUCAAGAAAUCAAACUAGAUGGUUUUGAUAACGAAUCCUCUAACAAGACAUGGAUGAAAAAUACUGGGAAAACUGUUGCUAUCCUUCUAAAGGAUGACUAUUUUAUCAGUGGUGCAGGGCUACCAGGCAGAUUCAAAGCAGAGAAAGUUGAGUUUCACUGGGGCCAGAGUAACGGAUCAGCCGGCUCAGAGCACAGCAUCAAUGGGAGGCGAUUCCCAGUUGAGAUGCAGAUUUAUUUCUACAAUCCCGAUGACUUUGACAGCUUUGGGACAGCCAUCCAAGAGAAAAGAAUCAUAGGCGCCAUGGCUGUGUUCUUUCAGGUCAAUCAGAGGGACAAUCCAGCUCUGGAGCCUAUUAUCCAUGGGUUGAAGGGUGUCGUACAUCAUGAGAAAGAGACUUUCUUGGAUCCCUUUAUAUUAAGAGAUCUUCUGCCGUCAUCCUUGGGCAGUUACUAUCGGUAUGCAGGUUCACUGACUACCCCUCCAUGUACUGAGAUCGUGGAAUGGAUUAUCUUUCGCAUGCCUGUUCCUAUCUCUUAUCGCCAGCUGGAGGCAUUCUAUUCCAUAUUUACCACGGAACAGCAAGACCAUGUCAAAUCUGUGGAAUAUUUGAGAAAUAACUUCCGGCCACAGCAGAGUUUGAACAAUAGAGUGGUUUCCAAGUCUGCGGUGAAGGAUGCUUGGAGCCAAGUUACAACUAGCAUGUUUGAAAAUCCACUUGGGACAGAAGCCUCCAAAGUUUGCAGCACUCCUCCUGUCAAUAUGAAGGUGCAGCCGGUGAACAGAACAGCUUUGCUGGUGACAUGGAAUCAACCAGAGACGAUCUAUCACCCUCCUAUUAUGAACUAUAUGAUAUCCUACAGCUGGGCUAAAAAUGAAGAUGAAAAGGAGAAGACCUUCACCAAGGACAGUGACAAAGACCUGAAAGCCAUCAUUAGCCAUGUCUCACCUGACAUCCUUUAUCUGUUCAGAGUUCAAGCAGUUUGCCGAAAUGACAUGCGCAGUGAUUUUAGCCAGACAAUGCUCUUUCAAGCUAAUACGACUCGAAUUUUUGAGGGGACCAGAAUAGUCAAAACAGGAGUGAAUAAUGUACAGAAUGGAGUGUUUGGAAAGAAAAGGAAAUCAAAAGGAAAAAAGAGCCGAGGUAGCAUGUCUGGUACUUCUACUGAUGGUCUCUCUGCUGUGUUUUCUUCUCUUGUUCCCCCUGGUGAUUUCUUCAAGCCUACAGCUUCUCCUGCACCUUCAGCCGAUAUGGCUCCCAUCAGUUCUGGAUCUUCUACUUGGACUUCCUCAGGCCUCCCUUUUUCCUUUGUGUCCAUGGCAACUGGAAUGGGGCCUUCCUCUAGUGGGAGUCAAGCAACAGUGGCCUCGGUGGUCACCAGCACUUUGCUUGCAGGCCUUGGGUUCAGUGGUAGUGGGAUUUCUUCUUUUCCUAGUAGCGUUUGGCCAACUCGUCUCCCCACUGCUGCUUCUGCCAGUAAGCAGUCAGUCAGACCAGUCGUUACUACUACUGAGGCUUUAUCUUCUCCUGGAGCAGACAGCGAUUCCACUCUCACAAAAGACAAUGAAGGAGCAGAGGAUGGAGAAAAGGAUGAAAAAAGUGAAAGUGAGGAUGGUGAAAGAGAGCACGAGGAAGAGAGAGAAAAAGAUUCAGAAAAGAAAGAAAAAAGUGAUGUGACGGAGGCGGCUGACGUACAGAAUAACACAGAAAAUACGAAUACCACUGUUGCUCCUAAUAGAACUAUGGAGGAGGGAGGGAAUAAAACCAUACCUGAUCAAGAGCCAAGCCAAAACAUUUUUCCAACAGGUAGGACUCCCAGAGAAGGAGUUACGGAAACAGACACUCAGUCAAAAACAGUCCCUUCCACCCAAGUGCCACCAGCAUUCACAAAUGAACAAUAUACUGGACAAAUUUCAAGAAGACCAGAGACAGCUUCAAGGACACCCUUACCAAAUGGAAGAUUUCCAGAGGAAAACUCACAAGAUAACAGAUUCAUUACCAUUAACCCAGCAGGUAGGAAUAUUUCCAGUAUGGCAACCAGACCUGCUCCUGGCAAAAUGGAAUGGAUCAUUCCCCUCAUCGUAGUCUCAGCCUUGACAUUUGUGUGCCUCAUACUUCUUAUUGCCGUGCUAGUUUACUGGAGAAAAUGUUUUCAGACAGCUCAUUUCUAUGUGGAAGACAGCAGUUCCCCUCGAGUGGUGCCAAACGAAAACAUUCCCAUUAUUCCCAUCCCAGAUGACAUGGAAGCCAUUCCUGUCAAACAAUUUGUUAAGCAUAUCAGUGAGCUGUAUGCCAACAACCAGCAUGGAUUCUCAGAAGAUUUUGAGGAAGUGCAGCGUUGUACGGCUGACAUGAAUAUCACUGCUGAACAUUCCAAUCACCCUGACAACAAGCACAAAAACAGAUACAUCAACAUUUUAGCAUAUGAUCACAGUAGAGUGAAGUUAAGACCUUUACCGGGAAAAGACUCCAAGCACAGUGACUACAUUAAUGCUAAUUAUGUUGAUGGUUACAACAAAGCAAAAGCCUACAUUGCCACCCAGGGACCUUUAAAGUCAACAUUCGAGGAUUUCUGGAGAAUGAUUUGGGAGCAAAACACUGGAAUUAUCAUCAUGAUUACAAACCUUGUGGAAAAGGGAAGAAGAAAAUGCGACCAGUACUGGCCAACAGAAAAUAGUGAAGAAUACGGUCAUAUUAUAGUCACACUGAAGAGCACAAAAGUACAUGCUUGCUACACAGUCCGCCGCUUCACAGUCAGGAAUGCAAAAAUGAAAAAGGGGAACCCUAAAGGGCGCCAAAAUGAGAGAAUGGUUAUUCAAUACCAUUACACACAGUGGCCUGACAUGGGAGUGCCUGAAUAUGCCCUGCCAGUGCUAACAUUUGUGAGAAGAUCCUCUGCAGCAAGAACCCCUGAGAUGGGCCCAGUGGUCGUGCAUUGCAGUGCUGGUGUUGGUAGGACUGGUACCUACAUUGUUAUAGACAGUAUGCUGCAACAGAUAAAAGACAAAAGCACAGUUAAUGUCCUAGGUUUCCUGAAACACAUCAGGACACAGCGCAACUACCUCGUCCAGACAGAGGAGCAGUAUGUUUUCAUUCAUGAUGCCUUGUUGGAAGCCAUUCUUGGAAAAGAGACUGAAGUUUCUGCCAACCAGCUACAUAGCUAUGUUAAUAGCAUUCUCAUACCUGGAAUUGGAGGCAAGACUCGGCUAGAGAAACAGUUUAAACUGGUUAUGCAGUGCAAUGCAAAAUACGUGGAGUGCUUCAGUGCUCAGAAGGACUGCAACAAAGAGAAGAACAGGAAUUCAUCAGUAGUGCCAUCUGAACGAGCAAGGGUGGGACUGGCACCAUUACCUGGAAUGAAGGGAACGGAUUACAUUAAUGCCUCUUACAUUAUGGGUUACUACCGAAGCAAUGAGUUCAUCAUAACACAGCAUCCCCUGCCCCACACCACUAAAGAUUUCUGGAGAAUGAUUUGGGAUCACAAUGCACAGAUCAUUGUCAUGCUUCCAGAUAACCAGAGCUUGGCAGAGGAUGAAUUUGUGUACUGGCCAAGUCGAGAAGAAUCCAUGAACUGCGAGGCCUUUACUGUGACCCUUAUCAGCAAAGACAGGCUGUGCCUCUCUAAUGAGGAGCAGAUCAUCCUCCAUGACUUUAUCCUUGAGGCUACCCAGGAUGACUAUGUUUUGGAAGUACGCCAUUUUCAGUGUCCCAAAUGGCCAAAUCCAGAUGCCCCUAUCAGCAGUACUUUUGAACUUAUCAACGUAAUCAAGGAAGAGGCCUUAACAAGAGAUGGCCCCACCAUUGUUCAUGAUGAGUAUGGAGCAGUGGCAGCUGGAACAUUAUGUGCCCUUACCACCCUGUCCCAGCAGCUGGAGAAUGAAAACGCAGUGGAUGUUUUCCAGGUGGCAAAAAUGAUCAAUCUGAUGAGGCCUGGAGUAUUUACAGACAUUGACCAGUACCAGUUUCUUUACAAAGCAAUGCUAAGCCUGGUCAGCACUAAGGAAAAUGGAAAUGGCUCCAUGGCACUGGACAAAAAUGGUGCUGUUAUGGCCAAUGAUGAAUCAGAUCCUGCAGAAAGCAUGGAGUCUCUUGUCUAAUUGGAAUAUUGAAAAGGCACUUAAUUUGUGGAAUUUCUGAAGACUGAGUGAACUUUUUGAGGCCUUUUUUGCCAGACUCUAGGUUAUUCAAUAACCCAAUUACUUUUUUACACUGAUAAAAGUUUUGAUAUUUAUUUUUGCCAUUUUAUGUCUUAAUGGUAUCCUACUGAGCAUUUGCACCUCUGUUUAUUUCACACAGUGAAACGCAAUUUUAUCUAGUUUGCACUAUAUGAUCAGUGUUAACUGCCUAUAAAGUUGUAAUACAAAAGCAAGCAAGCAAACCCUGAUGUGACAUUCCAUGAUGACAAACAUGCUACUUUUUAGUUGAAAUGCCGUGAAGUUUUGUUAAUUAUCAUGAGCUUUGACUCUAAAGUCUUGAAUGCUAGACCAGAAGGAUUCUUUUUGAUUUACAAGAAAUGCUGUACCCUUGACAUAGUCCAAUAUUUAUUGUUUAAUUUUCAUAUAACUUUGGUAAUUGUUUUAGGUCUUUUGUAUUCCAGUAACAUGGAUGAGUGUUGUUCAUUGAUUUUCAGAUGACACGGUGAGGUGAUCACUGGCAAUGCUGAAGUGCAGUAAGCUUCCAGAUACUGAACCAUUAUUUUACAUUGUUUUGGAUUCCACUUUGUUUGCAUGGAAGUCUAAGAACUGCUUGCCAUGGAACAUAUAAAAUUACAUUCCCCAAACACAUAGCAACUUGCAUCUGAGACAGAAUAUCUAACUUUGGUUUUACAGCAUCACUGAUUCUAACAUUUUCAUUUUUGAUUCUGCAACAGCAAUAUGGAAAAUAUUUUGAUAAUAUUUCACCACAGGCAAUUUAGUAAUUAACAGUGCAAAAAUUACUAUAGUUCCUUUUAUUCCAAAAGCACUUGGGUAGCAGUUUUCUCAGUUAUUGUACUACUCAGCAUUUUAAACACAUACAGUUCCUUAAUUCUUCUGAAACAGGACCUCUCUCUUAACAGUAUGUUACAUGAUGGAGAAAGGAAUUCUUAAUUUCAUAGAUAAUAGAUGCCGUUUUUACAGGUAUGUAAUUUUCAUACUUUAGUGCUAAAACGUACUGAUCCAUAUUACUGGUGAAGCGAUCUAAUAAAAAAACUACCUAUAAGAUUACAUUCUUCCUCUUUUUUUUGAACCAAACUAAUUAUUUAGCCAACACCUCCUGAUUUCAUAGAUUCACUCCCAUAUAGUGUACAUUGUACUCAUAUGAUCCCUGCUUAAUGCAAACAGCCAUUUAAUCUCGCUAAAAUCCAUUUCUUUUCAUUAUCUUAUAUGCCUGAUUCCAAUGACUUAAAACUUUUCCAAACCACUUUCUGUGCACCUCAGUUAAGCAAUGAUUGUCUCCCUGAAAGUUUUUUAUUUACAGUAUAAAAAUGGAAAGUGAAGUGAGUUCUAUCAAGGAACUCGGUUACAUUGCUAGAAACCAUCAGAAAUCACUCUACAUGAGGAGUGAAUGCCCACAAUAGAAAAUUUACACAGUGGGCUUUUCUGUGAGUGAAUAAAACUCAACAUAAUUGGCAGCAGUGGUUCCAAUAGCGAAGAGGCGUAACUGACCCGUUACAGCAGUCUAAAUUAGUCAGUUUUAAGUAACUUGUGCUCUCACUUGAAGUUCAUCCCUGAAUCAGCUUACUUAGAAUAGUCUCUCCUUUUUCUGAAUUAUUCACUUAGCUUUUUUGCCAGUGCAUCUUAGUACAAAAAAAGGAAUGUGCCUACUUGGUAAAAACAAUAAUGCUUAGCUGCGUUGGGAGUAAGAUUAAAGGUUCCUUUAUUUUAAAGAUGCUAUCAAAUAUAAUUGAAAUAGCUGUCAGUGGUAGAAAUGGCUGUGUUUUUAUGUAAGGGAAUCAAGGUUCAUUCAACAGUGACACCAGUCUAUUUCUCAUAGUGAUAAACCUAUGAUUGGAGUGGACUGCUUUGGAAUGUAAACAGGUUGCUUCCGAAUACUCACAUAACUGAAUGUUUCUCCAUACAGAAAAAGAAUCCCUGCACAUGGAAAACAAGAUGUUAGGAAGAAAUGUUCUAGCUUAGCCUUAGUUUUUUGUAUAUCGGAAUCUUUGUUCCUCAUAUGAGCUCCUUCCUGCGGUCUGAAAUGGUAUAAGCCCGAUAUAAGUUUCCUGCCUCAAUACGAAUGAGGAUAGUAUGGGUCCUGUAUCCCCACAGGUCCUCUCUUUAUCAUACCCCUCAUAAAUACAGCCUCUAAAAAUAGCCCCUGGAAAUUCUAAUAAUUGGUAGUCAGUGAACAGCACUAUCACUUAAGGAAUUCUUUUCCUUCAGUUUUAAGUUUCCAAAACCCCUACCAGUGCUACAAAAAUCUCUGUAAUAUUACAAGAGUUGCUUGCAAAUAUUUGGUGUUCUAGUACAGCCAGGUUUACCCGGCAGUCUCACUAAAUAUCUGCAGGGCAAAAAUUACUCCUUUAGAGACUGGUCAGUUGUUUUCUGCAAAAUUAGAUAGUAAAUUGGGGCAUUAAGUACUUAUUCAAAGGAAAAUAUAAAGACAGUUAAGGAAAGAUCACAUGAGUGGAUAUGAUGACAUUAACAAACAUGAAAAUCUGCCCACUUGCUACUGUGGAAGAUGUUUAGCCUUUCUUUUUAUAGAUUUCUUCAUAUGGACCAAUCAAAUUUAAACCAGGAAGCCACACAUAUGAAACACCUUCAUUUAAUAUGGAUGACCUUUAGAAGAGGUUCAAAACUGCUGCUGUUAACAUACAGGCUGAUGCAUGUACAUUUGUCUCCUUUCUACAAUCCAGAUACCAUAUUUUCUUAAACAAAUGCCUGUUUCUUAUAAUACCGUUUUUUCAAAAAUUUAAUACCCUCCUCAAAAGAUGUGAAAAGAAUCCACGCAACAAGAAAAUUGACUGGCAACAUGAAAGCUGCUUUGAAUCUCAUCAGUUACACUGCCGCUGGUAACUGUAAUCAUUCAAUUAAGUGCCUCUUAUAUUGCUGCCCAUUUUAAGUUUGCACCCUAUUAAAAAUACACAGUUUAAAUUAUUAACAUGGCAUUAGAGGAAAUAUGGUAUACAAAUCAUAAGAAGAUCCUUCUUCACCUUUUGGCAAUUCCUUUGCUCAGAAGGAGCUACCAGGUGAAUUAGGAGUCCCAGCUUGUACUGAGCUCCAUAUGCACUCCAGUACUGCUAGAUGAGAGCUCUAAUGUCCCUAACUGCAUUUUAAAAAGCUUGCUAGAGAGGGUUUUACCUAGACCACUGCCAGAUGCUUCUCUCUACCAUAAAAAUCUUGUAAACCCAUUUCAAAUUGGUGCCAUCUAUACCGUUUAUGCUAUUGAGAGGCACACUGCUUGCAUUGGCAUCAGGGACUGCAGUGACUUCAUUGCUGGCAAUGAGCACUGCUUCAGGAAAUUACAACUUCUGAGCAUACGAUGCAUUUUAAUCACUUCGCAUCUGAAAUGUUAUGGCAAGAAAUGAUUGGUUCGAGAAGUAAAAGAGGUGUUUUCUUUUGAGUUGGUUUGUUGUUUAAGGUUUGUUUUGAUCUGAUUUUGUGGAGGGGAUACCACAGAGGAAAAUGAAUGUGUUUGUGAUAAGACUGCCUGGCUGCACUUAAGCCACUUCCUUAAAAUUUGUACCAAUUGUGCAAGGAUAUGUUUGUGUGUAAAGUCAAAUUAGACUUGCAUAGUUGAAGUUUGGCUGUUUGUGAAACCAAUGCCAUAUGACCUGGCAUUUCAGUUUUCUUUAAUGCUUACAUAAGAAUUACUCCUCAAGUAUAUUACUGAAGACAUGGUCCUCAAUCCAGAGAACAUUAGUUAUACUUAAGUUUCUUUGACAUCAGUGAGACAAAUUAGACUAACAAUUCCCAUUAAUUUAAAAGGGAGUUAAACACAACUAACAUUUUCUGGACUGAGGUGAUUGUUUGAAGGUAAAGAUUCUUUCCCUUGCUGUUUAUUUUUACAUUUAUUCUCUGUCUUUCUACUACCAGGAUACUCAAAGCAGUGGCUAUUAUACCAAUAUAUUAAUUGUAAUACUGCUUCUCAGUGGAAACUCUGAAUGUAUGAGACAAGAUUAGUGGUCUUAAGAUUUUUGAGAUCCUGUCACUUAUCUUGGCUGCUAAAGUCAAAUCCCUCUGGUGAUACCUGAAUUUCAAUUAAAUUGUAAAUAUGAGCCCUUUCUAAUACUAGAUGUUCUCAAAGAACAUUUAAAAGACAGUAACUAAUAGAACAUGGCUUUAUUAAUGUGGUUUUUAUCACACGUGUUCUGGAAGCAAAUGGAAUUGCAACAUGGAUAUUCUGAAAAGUCCCAUUUCCCUGAAGACAUGGGUGCUCACCUGCAAGGCCAUGAAAAUCAGUACAACAUGCCUCAUGGCCAGAGGCUUCAACUCAAGUAAAGGGCAGAGUGUGUUUAAAAAAAUAACCACAGCCCAUGGUAUUCCUCAGCCUUCAAGUUGAUACUUUACUUUCUGUCUUUGGGUAUGACUCUUAACAUAGGGGGUCACUUUGACAGACUAACAACACAAUCCUAAGAACACUUACCUGAGAGUAAACCCAUUGAAUAGUCCUGAGUAAGAUUCUUAGUUAGACCUGCUUAAGAUUGCUUUCUAAACCAAAACUUGUAUUUAAAAAAAAAGAAAUUGUCCUUUAGCAUUUCAGAGUAUGUUUUUAACUGUGAAUGCGGAAAGACUGUGAGACAAGAAUUGGUGUGUGUGAGAGAGAGAAAGAGAGAGAGAGAAACUUUUAGGAUCCGUUCUACAACUGUGGGGUUAGAAUCUGAAGGGCAAGAUUUUGCUUCAUGUUCUGAAUGAUUUCUUUAAACUCAGAGGGAUACAAUACAGCACUAUCAAAAUACUGUCCCUUUUAAAUGACAUAGCACAAUAACCUUGUUAUGAAUACCUGUUUGCUUGUAAACUGAUAUUUUAGUAGAGAUCAAUUUUACCAAAGAAACAUAAUAUUAAUUCUUAGCAAAAAUACUGAAAAAAAUUAAAGAAAAAAAUACGAAGGAAAGUGUAGUUGUCUCAAUGACUUAGCAGUCAUGCUCUCAAAUUCAUUCUCUUCUGCCACCUACUCCUGUGGAUAGACCGUUGGUUAUAUUAAAAUAGUGCCAGUGAAUUUUAUAUGAAGGGGAAAUGCCUCAUUGCUAAUCCACUGCAUUUCGUUUCUUUCUUUUUAAAUAGAUGCAACUCUCUACUGUUAAUUGUCAUCUCUUUGAACUUUCUCUCUUAAUUGUCAUUAUAAGCAAUGUAUACUGCAUUGGCUUUGCUUAUCUGUAUAGGGAAGGCAUGCAAAACAAACAGGGAGAGAGACAGAAUGCGAAGAAAUGAACAAAAAGACUUGGCCUCAACAUUGUCUUAGCUGUUCAACUGUUUUUAGUAUUUUUGUUAGAUAUUUGCAAAGGGAAGCCUUUUCUACAGAGGAUAAUUAAUUUCAAGAAAAAUGUCUUGAGUUUUAAAAGUAAACAUGUCUCCAAAAAAGGAGAUAGUCAAUUUUAUAAAAUGUCACAACUCUCCAACAUUUGGGGUAGUGACCUUUCUUUCUUUUGUUAGAACCUUUGAAACUAGCAAGCAGCCAUUGUUUCUAAAGAACUAAAUAUUCAUCUCUAUCCAUACUUUUUAUUUCCUUCAUUUUUAAAUAGCUGAAAUCAUUAGAAUUGUAAAUAUUUUGUUGCUUGAAUAAGCAUCUUCUGGGAACUUUGUAUCUAUGGUAUAUAAUCAUAGAAUUUUAUAUUUUCAUAUAAAGCUAAUUUUUUUCUAGUUUCAACUUCUUCAUAGUUUUUUUUCCUUUAGUGGUGGAUAUGUGAAUACAUACUUUCUGUGUAUUGAAGUAGUGAAAUGCCAUCACAUUCCAAAAAGAAUUCAACAUGUUAUUUCUUUGGGACAGUGAUUGUCAAUGCUGGAUUUUCUUUAAAUUCCAUUGUCAGUGUGUGCAAUAGGAAUUAGACUUAGCCAGUCACUGGAUAAGUUUGUCUCAUUGACCCAUUGGGGAAAAUGUGGUGUUUGGUUUGGGGGGAGUUAUUAAUUUUUUGUUGUUUUUUCCUUUUUGUAACUUGAAGAAUUUCCUUUUUGUUAUGUUUAAAAGUAUAUCAAAUCAUUCUAUUAUAGUGUUAUUUAAUAUGUAAAUUGUAUUGCUAUACAUAAAAUAAAGUAUGGUUUUUGAUGUA